AUGAAGAAGGAAGAAGAAGAAGAGGAAAGAAGAAGAAGGAAGAGGAGGAGGAAGAAGAAGAAGGGGAAGAAGAGGAGGAAGGGGAAGAAGAGGAAGAAGGGGAAGAAGAGGAAGAAGAGGAAGAAGAGGAAGAAGGGGAAGAAGAGGAAGAAGAGGAAGAAAGGGAAGAAGGGGAAGAAGGGAAAGAAGAGGAAGAAGGGGAAGAAGAGGAAGAAGAGGAAGAAGAGAAAGAAGGGGAAGAAGAGGAAGAAGGAUGAAGAAGGAAGAGGAAGGGGAAGAAGAAGGAAGAAGAAAGAAGAGGAAAGAAGAAGAAGGAAGAGGAGGAGGAAGAAGAAGAAGGGGAAGAAGGGGAAGAAGAAGAAGGGGAAGAAGGGGAAGAAGAGGAAGAAGGGGAAGAUGAGGAAUAAGAGGAAGAAGGGGAAGAAGAGGAAGAAGAGGAAGAAGGGGAAGAAGAGGAAGAAGGGGAAGAAGAGGAAGAACUACAAAUUAUCUUCAUCUCGAGGUCACAUACUCACACUUGUCUGGGUGUCCUCCUUCGCCUCCUCCAUAGAUCCUCUCUUUGGGAUCGUUUCGUCUCUGGUUGGAAUUGCCCGGAAAGGCCUGGUGGACGAGGAGGGCCACCCGCUGGACGGAGACUUCCAGGAGAUCAACUCUAAACUGGAGACCAUAUCCAAGAAGAACCACAAGUGCCUGAAACAAAUCCAAAUCGACGAGAUAAACGAAAAUUACGGCAAGUAUGAGGAGUACAUCAAACAUCAGUACGCGGCUUUUAACUCGAUGGUGGCGAAGCUGAAGAAGGAUCCGGACAGAACCCAGAUCCACAUGGAAACCUUUGAGAAAAUCUAUGAACGAGACAAGAGUGAUCUCAGUCUCAAUGUGUAUUACAACGGUGUGAUGGGAUCGAGCUCUCUGUUUGGAAGGAACCUGCUCCGAGUGUAUAUGGAGCACUGCGAUGGCGAUUUGGAGAUCAUGGAGCACAGAUGUUCGCACCUGACACACCUCUUUCACAUGGGAUUAAUCUCACUGAUGGCCUACACUUCUGUUACCGAAGACGACGAGGAUGAGGUCCGGGAGAAGUGGGCGAAGCGGGUGGCCGACAUCCAGGACGGAGGACAGAGCAGCACGGAACAAGACGAGGACAGUUUUCUGCGCCUCUGGAAAAGUCGCAUCUCCGUCGGCAUGAGUCUGCUCGGUAUUUGGCCCGUUAUAAAGAUGCUGGAUUAG